AUGGCCAUGGGUGAGCUGUCGAAGAAAGCAUCCAACCGAAAUGUGGCGGUUGAGAGGAAGAACCUCAUCACGGUUUGUAGGUUUUCAGUGAAAACCCUCUUAGAAAAAUACACGGCCGAGCCCAUCGACGACUCAUCGGAGGAGUUUGUCAAUUUUGCCGCCAUCUUGGAACACAUUCUCAGCCACCGUUUUAAAGGUAACCUUACGCCAUGCAGUUCUGGUAGCUGGUUCGACGGCCAGAGGAGCUUCUGGGACUUCAUCCGUCUGGCGUGCGCUAAACUCCCCAACAGCUGCAUUAGCAGCAUCGAGUGCAUGGAGAACAUUAGCCCCUCGCGUGCUAAAGGCCGAGCCUGGAUACGAGUGGCUCUUAUGGAGAAAAGGCUAUCCGAAUACAUAGCGACUGCUCUGCGUGACACGAGAACGACGAGACGUUUCUAUGCAGAUGGCGCUAUCAUGCUAAGAGAGGAAGCUUCAGUGCUAACUGGGAUGCUCAUCGGCCUCGGAGCCAUUGAUUUUAGUUUCUGUCUUAAAGGGGAAGCAUUGGAUGGAAAAAUCCCUGCAGUUGUUGACUACACGCCAUAUUUGAAAUUCACACAAAGCUACGAAUACGUUAGCGACGACGACGACGAACGUCGGAGCGUGGACAGCGGCACGAGCGACGACAGCAUCCCCGAACAUCCUUACGUUCCGCUGGUCUCGGACGACGAGAGCUGGAGCGCAAAAUGCCGCAAAAUGGAGCAGAGGUUCAAAAUUGUUCACGCUCAGAAGGGUUACCUGGAAGAACUGGUGCGCCUGCGAGAGUCUCAGCUGAAAAACGUCGAAGUUGAAAAUAAGAAGCUGAAAGCCCGUUUGGAUGAACUGCAAGGCCAAAGUCAGCAGGAGAAGAAAGAGCUGGAGACCGUUGUUAUAGAGCUUCAGGAGCAAUUAACAAGUUUAAUCCCGUGCGAGAGCAGCCAUUUAGCCAAGAAUCUCACCAUCCCGCUAGUCAACCAAUGGCCUCUUCUGGACCCGUAUGACAACCAGAACCACGUCAAACUCUUCCGCAGGAGGAGCUUCCCUAGCACGGAGCUGCUGUCCGUGGAUUCGGACACGCUACGAUCAGAAGCGAAGCAAAACGGCGGCGCCUGGUGCACAGAAAAGGACUACACUCCUUCCCUGAUGGGACUUUGCGGUUCUUUGGGUUCCUUUCCAAGCUGCAAGUCUCUCUCAAGCCUCAAGUCUAGUGAGUGCCUGGUCAACAUCAGCACAGAGAACAGCCCCGCCCUCUCUCCCAGCUAA